AUGACAUCCCCUCUCAAAACAGGCGACGUCGCUUUUAAGAUGGAAUCUGAAAAUCCUACCACGUUCCACCUUUUCCCGAAGCUACCAAUGGAGCUUCAGCUGAUGGUCUGGGAGCAUACUUGGCCAUCAUCCCGAGUCAUCGAAGCGACCCACUAUGAGGACCAAAAGGCCGAAGAAUUUAGAGAACUUGCCAUCUUACGAUUAGGUGGUUCUCUACCAAGAUUUCUAAAAGGGGAUCUUGGUUCUCGGAGCCUGGACGACAAGCCCUUGGAGCAGUGCCAAAACCCCAUCGCGCUUCAGGUUUGCCAUAUCUCUCGUCAACACACCUUGAAAAAGUACACUCCAUUUCGGCAUGCAGAGUUUAAUGCUGGAUCGUUUUACUUUGAUCCUCAGUCCGAUAUCAUUUGGCUCAGUCAAGAUUUCACAGACGAACCACACAACAUGGAAAAUAUCACGGAUGCUUAUGGUAGCCAGCUUCAGAGCAUCAGAAAUGUUCUAGUCGAGGAAUUUGAGUGGAAUGAUUCGACGGCAUAUCGCUAUACCAAGGAUUAUCUUUAUCCAUUUGGCAAGAUACAAAACCUGCUAAUCGUUUAUGGGGGUUUUGACGACAAGGGCAAACUUCUGGUCCUUUGUGAGAAAGACAUUGAUUUCAUGUCAAAAUACUACAGAAAUGAAUACGCACGCCUUGUUGCGAGGGAAAAUCUGGACAAUGGAGUAUCGAAAAACCUUCAUUUUAUCACCAGACGUGCUCAGGCGGUUUAA